AUGUUGUUCGAAGAUGGAGAAAAGAAAAGAAGGACGGUAAGUUUAUCCGAUUGAAUUCAAAAUCCGCAUAAACAUUUUCAGGGUCCGACACUCAUAGGAUUCAAUGAAUCGCAGUCCGAUCACCGGAACACCGCCUGUCCGACACAUCCAGAAUCCUCCAGUCGUGUCGAUCGAAUCAAAGAGCUUCUGGAGCAGACGGGCCUGCUUCAGAAGUGCACGGUGCUCACAAAGUUUCUGGAAACCGACGACGGCGAUCUGAAAGCGACCCAUCAGAGGGAAAUGGUCGACGAGAUUCUGAGUGCGGAAAAGUUGUCGCAAGCAGAGAUUAACUCCUUGUGCGGCAAGUACGAUUCAGUGUUCAUGACCAAGGUUUCAAGCGAAACAAACGCCUGAAAAUGAUAAAACAAUUUUUUUAGAAUUCAAUAAAAGCAGCGAAAGAAGCGGUCGCGUGUGUGCGGGAACUGACACAUCAGAUCAUGAAGAACAAGGCGCAGAACGGAUUCGCAGCCGUCCGACCUCCGGGACACCACGCCGACGCAAAAGAGCCGUGCGGAUUCUGUCUCUUCAACAAUACCGCCCAAGCAGUUGAGGAGGCGUUCAACUGCGGCGCUGAUCGCAUUCUCAUCGUCGAUUUAGACGUACAUCACGGACAAGGCACCCAAAGGAUAUUCUACGAGGACAAGAGGUUGGAAAGAUCAAAGAUCUCGUGAUAUCCGGGUGUUCAGAGUGCUCUACUUCUCGAUCCAUCGCCACGAACACGGUCUCUUCUGGCCGCACCUUCGCGAGUCGGACUUUGAUCACAUUGGCUCGGGCGACGCGGUCGGAUACAAUGCGAACCUUCCGCUCAACGAGACGGGAUGCGGCGACUCGGACUACCUCUCCAUCCUGUUCCAAGUUCUUCUCCCACUCGCCACACAAUUUGACCCUCAUUUCGUGAUCGUCUCCGCCGGAUUCGAUUCUCUGCAGGGCGAUCCGGUCGGAAAAAUGAGUCUUACUCCCGACGGAUACUCGCAUUUCAUCUACCAGCUGAAAGCAUUGGCGCAGGGGAGAAUGCUCGUCGUCCUGGAGGGAGGCUACAAUCAUCAGAUGUCGGCAGUUGCGGUCCAAAAGUGUGUAAAAGUGCUGUUAGGCCACGCCCCCUCGCUCGUCUCUCUGUCCGCACCUCCGAAAGAAAGCACCGUCUCCUCCUGCGUCUCUCUCGUCUCGGUCCUUCGGCACAAAUGGAACUGCUUCGACUACUUCCCCUCCAGGACGACCAUGCGAUUGGCCGACUGGCCAGUCAUCAACUCGACCGUCGAAUACAAGUACGAUCCAUCGAAGCGGCCCGCCGACACGGGCGAAAUACUUCAAAAACAGCUGGAAACGGCCAUUGUCUCCGAGGAAAACCCUACGGACGCCUUCGAAACGCUCAUUUUCUUCAACGAAGGCGACAGCGAGCACGCUUGCCUCGAAGAAGGAGAUGGCCAUCCGGAGAACCCGAGACGAACUCGGAAGAUAAUGAAGGCGUUGCGAGAUUCGGAAGCCGUUCAGGGAAGCGUCGAACGGAAAUGCGAUCGGUCGGCCACCGACGACGAGAUUCUGACGGUGCACACGCGGAAGAUGUUGGACUAUCUGAAGACGACGGAGCUGAUGGACGACGCGCAGCUGUUCUCGGAGUGCGACGACGAUUUCAACAGUAUCUACCUGACAAGAAGCACUCUGAAAGUGGCGAGGAACGCCGCAGGGACCGUAUUACAGGUGAGAAAGGGGGAAAUUAAGUUCAUAAUAGGCGAAAAACCCGUGA